AUGUGUAGUGAUAGGAGCUCUGCAUAUUUCCAUGCUAUUCUAAACAAGAACAGGAUGAGAAGGCAUAUUGCUGCUAUUACAAAAGAGAAUGCUAGAAUUAAACCCUGCCUGGAAGAGAUAAUUGACCCUGCACAAGCGGCUUUUAUACAAAAAAGAAGCAUGGUGGAGAAUAUAUACAUGAUGCAGGAGCUAAUUAGAGGGUAUGCAAGGAAAAGGGUCUCUCCAAGAUGCCUCAUAAAGGUGGAUCUUAGAAAGGCCUAUGAUACAGUUGAUUGGUCCUUCAUCUCUGACCUCCUGAAGCAUUUGAAGUUCCCUCCUAUGAUGAUUAGAUGGAUCAUGGAAUGUAUCUCAACUACUGCCUUCUCUGUCAGCCUAAAUGGACGUCUCUUUGGAUUCUUUCCUGGAAAUCAAGGCUUGAGACAGGGGGAUCCUCUUUCCCCUCUAAUUUUUGUCUUAUAUGAUCUAAUGCUUUUCUCGAGGGGUGAUGCUAUCUCUGUUAGAAGCCUAAUGGAAUGUCUUGAAGAUUUUUCCAAAUGCUCAGGCCUUGCUGUAAACUACCAGAAGUCAAAUUUGUUCUAUGCAGGAAUUAAAGAUCAGGAUCUGGAGCAGAUUCUGAAUAUUACUAGUAUGAGGAUAGGGGAAUAUCCAUUUCGUUAUUUGGGAGUUCCAUUGUUGGCUUCAAGAUUAACUUUGGCUCACUAUAGUCCCUUAAUUAAUCGAAUCUUAGAAGAACUAAAGAACAACAAUAUUUGGGGGAUUACAGCAAAGAAGGAGGAUUCCCAACUCUUCAAGAAAAUUCUGGAGAUAAGAGAUCAGCUUCUUGUCAAAUCUGGGAGUGUUGGAUGUGCCAUUGAGCUGAUGGAAGGGUGGGAUCUAUGCUCACACAGAUGCUACGAAUUUUGGAGAGAAAAAAUGCCUAGAGUUCCAUGGAGAAAGGAAGUUUGGUUCCACGGAUCCCAACCAAAACAUGCUUUUUGUUUAUGGUUGACUCUAAAAGGAAAACUACGUACUUGUGAUAAGCUGGUAGGAGUGGAAACAGACCAGAGAUGCACCUACUGCAAUACAGAAACAGAAUCCAUUGACCACCUCUUCUUUAAAUGCAAUUUUACAGGUGAGGUUUGGAGGAUCAUUAAGGAAUGGCUAGGGUUAAAAAGGAGUAUGACCACCAUCAAGGCUGCAGUCAAAUGGAUGCACAAGGAGGCAAAGGGCUGA